AUGGACAACUCUUUUACGGGUUACCAACAAAUGCUCAACGCUUUCAACCAACGAAACCAAUACCCGUUCAACCCAAUGCAAAUGCAAAAACUCAACAUGCCGUUCAACCCAUAUCAAAUGCAACAACUAAUGCAAAACCCGCUAAAUAUGCCAUAUCAACCACCGCCACAAGCAUAUCCAACACAAAUCGAGGAACAAGAUGAUGACGUAGAGGUUGUGCCAGAAACGCAACCUGAACCUUCAAAAAAGAAAAAUACAAAGGGAAAGGGAAAAAAAGAAGACGCAGCCGCCAAACAACAACAAAAUUGGACAAAAAUUGAGGAAGUGGCGUUGGCGAAGGCAUAUAUUAACUAUUCAACGUCUCCUAUAAUCGGUAACAAUCAACAAAGCGAGGGGUUUUGGCAACAAGGCGAGUACAGAACCAUUGAUUCUAUCAGCUCCAAGUGGCGCAAGAUGAAUACGUUGAUCCAACGCUUUUGUGGGUUUUAUAACACAAUGCUCGCCAACAAACCGAGUGGGUGGAACCACGAAAAUGUUUUCAAUGAAGCGUUGCGUUUAUACGAUCAUGAGAACAAAUCUUCUUUCCCACAUGUCCGUGCUUGGCAAGUUGUAAAGGAUCAACCAAAAUGGAAGGGAACUCGAAAUGAGGUUGCAAGCGCGAAACGAGCAACGAAACGGUCUAAAACUUUCGAGUCAGGAAGUUAUAGCGUUGGAGGCUCAACUGGUCGUUGCCAAAUAAAUAUCAACGACGAGCCCGAUUAUGAGGAGGAGCCGAUUAAAGAUGGAGAACGUCCCCUAGGAAGGGACAAAAGUAAAAAGAUAGCGGCUCAAAAAAAGAAACAAGCCCCAUCAGGAAGUGGUGGUGGUUCGAAGUUGGAAGGUAUUAUGGCCGAGUUGAAAGCAUUCAACCAAACUUUUAUCGAGACGCAAACCGAGAAGCCAACUUCUACAUUAUUCAAUCCUAGUCACAAUACUUGUUGCAAUUUGGAUGAGAAGUAA